AUGGCUCUCAUGGAUAAGCACAAAGUCAAGCGACAGAGGCUGGACCGCAUUUGUGAAGGUCAGUAACGUUAACGUUACAUACUUUCCCCCCGUAUGUUAGGGACUGACAAUCCACGUGUACAAGCUUCUGUAGCUAGCGAACAUAGAUAAGGAUUCUUGAAAAUCUGAUUUUUUAAAUCUCCAAUGUAGAAUGGCCUGAUGAUUGACCAUAGACAUAAAUAGGUGAUGGACAGCAUGAAGUUGUGCUUGACUUCAUUAUGGCAGACAAUGGGAGCAUUCCUCUGCCCAGGCGUGACUGACAAAUGCCAGAUUUUACGUAUAAACUAACCGCAUAUGUUAUGGCAAUCUGUCAAUUGAUGAAACAGUCGAUUAAGUGACACGCAACAGUUGAUUAAUGCAUGCAGCAUCUGAGCAGGUGAAUGCGACCAGUGUUAUACUCCUGCCCAAUUUGUGAAGGGAAGGGUUCUCAAUGACUGAUUCAAUAACUGAUCUAAUUACAUAAACAGCAAAAGAGGGAGGGUGCCUGCCUGUGGUCCUUCUACAUGUUGCCUUUGUCAAGUCAUUACUGUCUGUUUAGGUUACAUACAUUGAUAACAAACAGGAGUGCAUUCGAAAAGUAUUCAGACCCCUUCACCUUUUCCACAUUUUGUUACUUUACAGGCUUAUUCUAAAAUGUACCCCAUAAUGACAAAACAAAAACAGGUUUUUAGAAAUGUUUGCAAAUGUAUUAAAAACAAACAACUUAUAUACAUGAGUAUUCAGACCUUUUGCUAUGAGACUCAAAAUUGAGCUCAGGUGCAUCCUGUUUCCAUUGAUCAUCCUUGAGAUGUUUCUACAACUUGAUUGGAGUCCACCUGUGGUAAAUUCAAUUGAUUAGACAUUAUUUGGAAAGGCACACACCUGUCUAUGUAAGGUCCCACACAUGUACAUGUCAGAGCAAAAACCAAGCCAUGAGGUGGAAGGAAUUGUCUGUAGAGCUCAGAGACAGGAUUGUGUCGAGGCACAGAUCUGGGGAAGGGUACCAAAACAUUUCUGCAGCAUUGAAGGUCCCCAAGAACACAGUGGCCUCCAUCAAUCAGCUGCUGGGUUUGCUGUUAUUGACAGAGGUUUGGAAGUCUUUCUUAUUGGUAUAUUAACUAAUUUACUGCGGCAGGCCAAAACUCCAUCACACCAAAACGGGCUGAAAUUUCAGGUGGUCUUUUCAAACUGCUCUUACACUUAAAGGGCAUUAUCAUCAUUUUCACAGUAUUAUUCCAACCAGUGUGGAUAUAUGUAGAUAGAUCUAUCUACUACAGGAAAAUCACAGUUCUGAAAGCACUGGGCCUUUUUUAUAUUUUUUUAUUUAUUAGAAAAAGUCAUUCAAGGUUUUACACGUGGUUGGGCUAUGUUUUAUUGUUAUUUUUUCUUCAAUAGCAUUUGGCAUAUUAUACACUUUAUUAUGAAUCUAGUUUACUGCAUAUCAAGUAUCUGCCACUUCCUCUCUGCUUACCUCGUGUCAAAAUAAAAGUCCCACACAAGUUAUUCAUUUUUUGUCCACAAAUGGCUCACAUGCAGGACUACCUAACCUAGCGUCUCAAUGCUAAAAAGCUUUGUUUUGGUUGGUUAAGGCUGAAUUGUUCCUCCCUCUGAUUGGAGCAGGGGGCAGGCAGAAGGAGGAGGGUGUUUGCCUGGGAUUGUGCCAAGUGAAAGCAUUCUGACAGUAACUGUAAGUGGAGAAGGAGAGGAAGAAAGGCUGGUCAACUGCAGCAUGCAAGGUUAGAAGGAUGAAUGUCUUUUUUUUUUUUUUCUGGGGCGAGAGGGAGGAGGGGAGGAGGAGGCAGGGGUAGAUGGAUAUGACAGAGUACAAAUCUGCUAUUUGGUUUAGCAUUUUUGUCGUUGUGGUCUCUUCUAGUAUUGUGUGUGUGAGAUGGAUUGCUCUGGAGCUUGUGUGGCAGGGGGCUGGGUGGGGUCCUGCAGCAUUAUCAACCACCCCUCCCUGCGAGCUCACUUACAUCCACAGAGCGGCAGGCGGAGGGGGAGAAUGAAUGAACGCUGAAUGAAUGGCAUUGUGUGCAUGGCCCUGCUGCCGGUCAGACCAGGCUUUCUACACACACCAACACACAGUCACAUGGUCAUACACACACACUGCCAGGUGUCUGUCUCCAAGACCAUAUGGUGCAUGUGUGUUGCCAGCUCUGCGCUCUUUCUGUGUGCCUUUUUUUUGGUGCUCCUUUAGGUUAAUUUGUAAUCAUGCCUUCGUCUUUUUGUCUAGAUAGAAAUUGGUACAUUUUGUAGGUUUGGUGAGCGCUCUGCUUUUGUGAUGCGUGUUUAUAUUUUGCGCCAAAUGCCUGUGAAGAUUUGUCAGACUAGCGCCUUAUUACAGCUAUGUUUCAUUUUCUGGGUCAGAUUAGAAUGAGCCAAAAAGCAAUUUCUUUCUCCACGAGUUGUCCUUGAGGGGGAAUGAUGGAAUUUGUUGGCAAACAGAACAUUUAUCUGUACUUGGAGCCUUCAUAUUAAGCAAAGGAAGUAAUUGACAGUCACAAGUGUUGUGGUCUGUGUGCGCGCAGUGCUGUUGCGCUGAGGAUCGCAUUCUCGUCUCUUUUAAGCAUCAAUAAUGUCUAGGCUACACUGAUUAUCCUUAGCUCUGCAGAAAUCUUAGCUCCACAUAAGGCCCCUUGUGUGCCUGUUAAUUUUGUGUGAUGGUUAUUUGGCACUCCCUGUCUUUAGUUGCUGAAAGACUGGGUCUUGUCCAUCUAUGCUACACUCUGGAUUAACCGGUUGGGCUACUGACCAUUCACUGCUGCCCAAUUUAGAUUGUUGGUGUCAAUACAACACAUUAAGAUUGAAAAAGCCCAUACAUCAAUGUGUCAAUGGCUAAACGCAUACAAUAUCUCACAGUUCUUGGGAGAGGGUAAACUAACUUGUUGUUUUGGUUAAGGUAAUGAUAUCUCUUACAUAAUUGAGUUUGCUUGUUUAGGCUAUUUGUCUGUUUGGGCAAUAUGUUGACACGCAUUCCAUUAUCAAUUGUGUUUAGUGUCAUGAUUUAGAAAAACACUUGCAGUUGCAAUUUUUUGCUUGUCAUUGAGUUUUCUGCAGUCUCUACUUGGCACUCUGGUAUUAACGUUUUAGAGUGGCACUAUUGGCGUGGGUUGGCAUUCUCUACUGCCCUUCAAGUAUUAGCAGUGAGUUAAACUGCUGCAUCACUUUAGGGGAUUUCUCAAUAUCACAUACAUACUGCACUGACAACUGUUGAUGAAUUAUCUUCCAGCUAUCUCUAUUAGGGAUGGGCACGGUUAUUCGAAUAUUCAAACUGAAAUUAUUAUUCCAUUACUUGGAGAGUAUUCAUUUUUGAAAAAAUCAAUAAAAUAAGGCCUAUUUUAACAAUGAAAAAGCUUUGUAUAAAAUAAUCUGUGACAUUGCUACAUAGCCUACAGGGAUAGACCAUGACAUAAGAAAUGUUAAAACAGCAGUUUGAAUGCGCCCCAUAAAAAAGAUGCACCGGUAGCCUACACGCGUUUUACACCUUUAGCUUGUUGUUCUUGUCGGUCAAUGAAAGUGGUGCUACAGUCAAAGGCUCCAUAUGAGAAAGUGAAGUUGGAUAUUUCUAAAUGGAAAUCCAAUUGCUAAAUUAUUGAUUAACAGAGAGCCUGUUGUUUCUCAUGAAUGGAGUUGUUGUAGACAAGUACAGGGAGCACAGCAAAAUAGCCUCAAUUAGCCUUGCUACUGUAGCUAGCUAGCUUAUUUACAACGAUUUGAUGCAGUCAAGACAGGCACUACCAGAUGGUAUGAUAAAUAACCUAUGGCAGCAACAAGUUUGUCUAACUAGCGCAAGUCUGUUUGGCUACUCACUCGCACUCUCUCUGCCACACACACACACACACCGGCCCCUGCUACUCGAGUCUGGCUAACAAGUCUCCAUUGAAGUAAAAAAAAAAAAAAAGACAUGCUUUAAUAUAUGUUCCGACUAUCCGGAUAGCUUAAAAAAUAUCAUGAUAUCUGCUAAUGUAAAAAGGGCUUUAUAAAUACAUUUUGAUAUUAUUCGAAUAGUGAAAACAUUUCAAAUGCCUAUCCCUAAUAUCUGUCUUUGCUAAUUUAGGUGUAUAUCUUAUGUAUGUUUAUUUAUGAGAUGUUUGUGGCUAUAGGGCAGGCAGGCUGUGUAUUGUUGCGGAAAGGCAGGGGUCUCUGCCUCCAGACAUGGAGAAAUGUAGGUCAUUAUAACUCAACAAGCCCGUGCCCCCAAACCCACCCAUCUGCUAAUCAGUUGGAGGAGUCUCCCCUGAUUGGGGGUUGGAGGACUGCCAUGUCUGUAUUUGAGAAUGAAGCAGACAGCUCUCAUGUGAAGAAGUAAGUACACCUCCUGGAAAGUGUCUUAUUUUUUUUAAAUCUUUACAUAUUUGGACAGAUGAGAUGUGUAAUCUUCACUUAAACACUUGACAGAUAAAGGUAACCUAAUUUAACAAAUGACACUGAAAGAUUAUACUUUGCAAUCAUUUAUUCAUCAAAAAUCAACAGAAAUGCAAUUCCAUGGUGCGGAAAAAAUAAGUACACCCCUAGCUUCAAUAGCUUGUGUUGCCCCCUUUAGCUGAAAUAACGAAAUGUAGACAUUUCUUGUAACUGUCUAUCAGUCUAUUACAUCGACUGGGAGGACUUUUUGCCCACUCUUCUUUACAGUACUGCUUCAACUGCGUCAUGUUCGAGGGUUUUCUUGCAUGCACGACCCGCUUCAAGUCCCCCCACAGCAUUUCGAUAGGAUUGAGAUCUGGGCUUUGACUCGGCCAUUCCAUAACCCGCCAUUUCUUAUUUUUGAGCCAUUCUGUUGUAGCUUUGCUUUUGUGUUUUGGAUCAUUGUCCAAUUGCAAUAGCCAUGUUCGGUUCAGCUUUUUGACAGAUGGCCUCACAUUUUCCUCAAAAAUUCUCUAGUACAAUAUAGAAUUCAUGGUUGACUCAAUGAUGGCAAGUUGGCCAGGCCCUGAGGCAGCAAAGCAGCCCCAAACCAUAAUGCCACCGCCUCCAUGCUUUACGGUUGGCAUGAGGUUCUUCUGUUCAAAGGCAGUGUUUUGUUUUCGCCAAACAUGGCGUCUGGCAUUGUGGCCAAACAACUCCACCUUUGACUCACCUGUCCAGAGCACAUGUUGCCUGGCAAACGUCAGUUGUCUUGAUAUUCUUUUUUGAGAGCAGAGGCUUCCUUCCUGACCUCGCAUGCAGGCCAAGUUUGUGCAGUCUCUUUCUGACAGUUGACUCAUGCACUUCGACAUUGAUUGUGGCAAGAAAGGCCUGUAUAUCGCUUGAUGUUACCCUGGGUUUCUUAGAGACUUCUAUGAGCAUCUUUCGGUCAGCUCUUGGGCUGAAUUUGGUGGGACAACCUGUCCUAGGUAGAUUGCCAGUGUUCUGGAAUUUUCUCUAUUUGUAGGUGAGCCGUUGGACAGUGGAAUGAUAUACAUUUACAUCAUUUAGCAGACGCUCUUAUCCAGAGCAACUUACAAACUGGUUCAUUCAACUUAUGAUAGCCAGUGGGACAAUCACUUUUAUUUUAUGAGGGGUGGGGUAGGGAUUGCUUGGAAAUGGGUUUGUAACCCCUCUCAUACUCAUGGGCAUCAAUAACUUUUCUUCUGAGGGCCUUGGGUAGGUAUUUUCAUCUUGGCAUGAUGUGUUACCACACACCUAUAUGAUUAAGGCCAAACCAGACCAAGUUUCUAAUCUUUAUGGAAGGCUGGACCCUCUAAUGAUUUUCUAACCAUUUGCACCUGUUUUGGUGCACCUGAUUCUAAUUUUAGCCAUUUUAUGUGAUGGUAAAUGUAGUGGUGUACUAACUUUUUCCGCAUAAGGAAAAGGCAUUUUUGUUUAUUUUAAUUGCAUAACAUUUUAAAUUAUACAUUUUUUUGUGUGAUUUGUUAAAUCGGGUUACCUUUAUCAAUGAAUGUGGUGGGAAUUUAGCUCAGUUUCCAUGUGUCCAAAUAUGUAAAAACAAAUCGCUUUCCAGGGGGUGUACUUAUUUUCACAUGACUGUAUAUACAGUACCAGUCAAAAGUUUGGACACCUACUCAUUCAAGGGUUCUUCUUUAUUUUUCGUAUUUUCUACGUUGUAGAAUAAUAGUGAAGACAUAAACUAUGAAAUAACACAUGGAAUCAUGUAGUAACCAAAAGUGUUUUAAGAUUCUUCAAAGUAGCCACCCUUUGCCUUGAUGACAGCUUUGCAUGAGGAACGUUCAUGAGGAACGCUUUUCCAACAGUCUUGACGGAGUUCCCACAUAUGCUGAGCACUUUUUGGCUGCUUUUCCUUCACUCUGCGGUCCAACUCAUCCCACACAAUAUCAAUUGGGUUGAGGUCGGGUUAUUGUGGAGGCCAGGUCAUCUGAUGCAGCACUCCAUCACUCUCCUUCUUGGUUAAAUAGCCCUUACACAACCUGGAGAUGUGUUUUGGAUCAUUGUUCUGUUGAAAAACAAAUGAUAGUCCCACUAAGUGCAAAGCAGAUGGGAUGGUGUAUUGCUGCAGAAUGCUGUGGUAGCCAUGCUGGUUAGGUGUGCCUUGAAUUCUAAAUAAAUCACAGUGUCACCAGCAAAGCACCAUCACACCACCACCUCCAUGCUUCACGGUGGGAACCACACAUGCGGAAAUCAUCCGUUCACCUUCUCUGCGUCUCACAAAGACACGGCAGUUGGAACCAAAUUUGGACUCAUCAGACCAAAGGACAGAUUUCCACCGGUCUAUUGUCCAUUGCUCAUGUUUCUUGGCCCAAGCAAGUCUCUUCUUCUUAUUGGUGUCCUUUAAUAGUGGUUUCUUUGCAGCAAUUCGACCAUGAAGGCCUGAUUCACGCAGUCUCCUCUGAACAGUUGGUGUCUGUUACUUGAACUCUGAAGCAUUUAUUUGGGCUUCAAUCUGAGGUGCAGUUAACUCUAAUGAACGUAUCCUCUGCAGCAGAGGUAACUCUGGGUCUUCCUUUCCUGUGACGGUCCUCAUGCGAGCCAGUUUCAUAGCACUUGAUGGUUUUUGCGACUGCACUUGAAGAAACUUUAAAAGUUCUUGAAAUGUUCCAGAUUGACUGACCUUCAAGUCUUAAAGUAAUGAUGGACUGUCGUUUCUUUUUGCUUAUUUGAGCUGUUCUUGGACUUGGUCUUUUACCAAAUAGGGCUAUCUUCUGUAUACCCCCCCCCCUACCUUGUCACAACACAACUGAUUGGCUCAAACGCAUUAAGAAGGAAAUAAAUUCCACUAAUUAACUUUAAAGAAGGCACACCUGUUAAUUAAAAUGCAUUGCAGGUGACUACCUCAUGAAGCUGGUUGAGAGAAUGCCAAGAGUGCAAAGCUGUCAAGGCAAAGGGUGGCUACUUUGAAGAAUCUCAAAUAUGAAAUAUAUUUUGAACACUUUUUUGGUUACUACAUUUAAUAGUUUUGAUGUCUAAACUAUUAUUCUACAAUGUAGAAAAUAGUACAAAAAUAAAGGAAAAACCCUUGAAUGAGUAGAUGUGUCCAACCUUUUAACUGGUACUGUAUGUGUGUGUGUGUGUGUGUGUGUGUGUGUGUGUAUAUAUAUAUAUAUACACACACACACACACACAGUGCAUUCGGAAAGUAUUCAGACCCCUUGACUUUUUCCACAUUUUGUUAUGUUACAGCCUUAUUCCAAAAUUGAUUAAAUUGAACCCCCCCCCCCCCCCCUCGUAAAUCUACAUACAAUAACUCAUAAUGACAAAGCAAAAAGAGGUUUAAAAAAUAAAUCAGAAAUAAUACAUUUACGUAAGGAUUCAAAACCCUUUACUCAGUACUUUGUUGAAGCACCUUUGUCAGCGAUUACAGUCUUCUUGGGUAUGAAGCUACAAGCUUGGCACACCUGUAUUUGAGGAGUUUCUCCCAUUUUUCUCUGCAGAUCCUCUCAAGCUCUGUAAGGUUGGAUGGGGAGCGUCGCUGCACAGCUAUUUUCAGGUCUCUCCAGAGAUGUUUGAUCGGGUUCAAGUCCGGGCUCUGGCUGGGCCACUCAAGGACAUUCAGAGAAUUGUCCCGAAGCCACUCCUGCGUUGUCUUGGCUGUGUGUUUAGGGUCGUUGUCCUGUUGGAAGGUGAACCUUCGCCCCAGUCUGAGGUCCUGAGAGCUCUGGAACAGGUUUCCAUCUCUGUACUUUGCUCCAUUCAUCUUUCCCUCGAGCCUGACUAGUCUCCCAGUCCCUGCCACUGAAAAACAUCCCCACAGCAUGAUGCUGCCACCACCAUGCUACACCUUGGGGGUGGUGGCAGGUUUGCUCCAGACUUGACGCUUGGUAUUCAGGCCAAAGGGUUCAAUCUUGGUUUCAUCAGACCAAGUCCAUGCGGGCUGUCGUUCCUUUUACUGAGGAGUGGCUUCCGUCUGGCCACUCUCUACCAUAAAGGCCUGAUUGGUGGAGUGCUGCAGAGAUGGUUGUCCUUCUGGAAAUUUAUCCCAUCUCCACAGAGGAACUCUGGAGCUCUGUCAGAGUGACCAUCGGGUUCUUGGUCACCUCCCUGACCAAGGCCCUUCUCCCCUGACUGCUCAGUUUGGCCAGGCGGCCAGCUCUAGGAAGAAUCUUGGUGGUUCCAAACUUCUUCCAUUUAAGAAUGAUGGAGGCCACUGUGUUCUUGGGGACCUUCAAUGCUGCUGACAUUUUUUGGUACCCUUCCCCAGAUCUGUUCCUCGACACAAUCCUGUCUCGGCGCUCUAGUGACAAUUCCUUCGACCUCAUGGCUUGGUAUUUGCUCUGACAUGCACUAUAGACAGGUGUGUGCCUUUACAAAUCAUGUUCAAUCAAUUGAAUUUACCACAGGUGGACUCCAAGUUGUAGAAACAUCUCAAGGAUGAUCAAUGGAAACAGGAUGCACCGGAGUUCAAUUUCGAGUCUCAUAGCAAAGGUUCUGAAUACUUAUGUAAAUAAGGUAUUUCAGUUUUAUUUUUAAUAAAUUAGCAAACAUUCAUCCCCUUUGGUUAUGGCAAGCCUAAGUAAGUUCAGUGGUAAAAACUUUCUUAAGUCACACAAUAAAUGGCAUUUACUCACUCUGUGGUCAAUAAUAGUAUUUAACAUGAUCUUUGAAUGACUACCUCAUCUCUCUACCCUACACAUACAAUUAUCUGUAAGGUUCCUCCAUCGACCAGUGAAUUUUAAGCACAGAUUAAACCACAUAGACCAGGGAGGUUUUCCAAUGCAUCGCAAAGAAGGGCACCUAUUCGUAGAUGUGUAUAAAUCAAUGAAGCAGACAUUGAAUAUCAUUUUGAGCAUGGUGACGUAAUUAAUUACACUUUGAAUGGUGUGUCAACACACAGUCACUACAGAGAUACAGGCGUCCUUCCUAACUCCGUUGCCGUAGAAGAAGGAAAGUGCUCAAGGAUUUCACCGUGAGGCCAAUGGUGACUUUAAAACAGUUAGCGUUUUAAUGGCUGUGUUAGGGAUAAACUGAGGAUGGAUCAACAACGUUGUAGCUACUCCACAAUACUAACCUAAAUGACAGAGCAUAAAGGAGGAAGUCUGUACUGAAUACAAAUAUUCCGUAACAUGCUUCCUGUUUGCAAUAAGGCACUAAAUUAAAACUGCAAAGAAAAUUGGCAAAGGAAUUACCUUCAUGUCCUGAAUACAAAGCGUUAUGUUUGGGGCAAACCCAUCCAACGCAACCCACCACUCUUCAUAUUUUCAAACAUGGUGGUGGCUGCAUCAUGUUAUGGGUAUGCUUGUCAUCGGCAAGGACUAGGGGUUUAUUUUGGUUGACAAAAAUAAAUGGAAUGAAGAGCUAAGCACAGGCAAAAUCCUAGACAAAAACCUGUUCUGCUUUCCAACAGACACUGGGAGACAAAUUCACCUUUCAGCAGGACAGUAACCUAAAUCACAAGACCAAAUAUACACUGUAGUUGCUUACCAAGAUGACGUUGAAUGUUUCUGAAUGGCCUAGUUAAGUUUUUUUUUUAUUAAAUCGGCUUAAGUCUAUGGCAAGACUUAAAAAUGGCUGUCUAGCAAUGAUCAACAACCAACUUGACAGAGCUUGAAGAAUAUAAAAAUAAAUGCAAAUAUUGUACAAUCCAGGUGUGCAAAGCUCUUGGACUUACCCAGAAAAACUCACAGCUGUAAUUGUUUGCAACAGUGAUUUAUAAAUGUAUUGACUCUGCGGUGUGAAUACUUAUGUAAAGAAAAUUCUGUAUUUCAUUCUUAAUACAUUUGAAAAGAUUUCUAAAAACAUGUUUUCACUUUGUCGUUAUGGCAUAUUGUUUGUAGAUGUGUGAGAAACAAUGUAAUCCGUUUUGAAUUCAGACUGUAACACAACAAAAUGUGUGAUAAGUCACGUUUAUUAGGUACACCACCCCGUUCAAAAAAAUGGCAGUGGGCAUGCAAUCACCAACAGUGAUUGCAUGCCCAUUGCCUGGUCUGACGAAUCCCGGUUCCUGUUGCUUUCAUGCUGAUGGCAGAGUCAGGAUUUGGCGUAAGCAGCAUGAGUCCAUGGACCCAUCCUACCUGGUGUCAACGAUACAGGCUGGUGGAGGUGGUGUACCACUGUCCAAUCUGCAGCAACUGCAUGAUGCCAUUGCGUCAGCAUGGACCAAGAUCCCUGUGGAAUGUUUCAGACUUGUAGAAUACACGUCCUCGAAGAAUUCAGGCUGUUCUGGAGGCAAAGUGGGGUCUGACCUGGUACUAAAUUGGUGUGCCUAAUAAACUGUCCGGUGAGUGUAUAGUCCAGUAGAUAAGCUCCCUGAAAAUACCAUAUUGUUCGAUUUGGUAUUAGGGAUGGGCAAGAGUAAUCAAGAACUAAAGUACUCGAACGGACAACUCGAUUUAUAACCCAUUUUUAUUAUUAAAAAAAUUCUUCAAGCUCUGUCCAGAUGUUGGGAAUCAUGGCUAGAUGGCUAUUUUCAAGUCUUGCCAUAGAUUUCCAAGCAUAUUUAAGUCAAUUGUAACUUGGCCACUCAGGAACAUUCAGUCUUCUUGGCAAGCAACUCCAGUGUAGAUUUGGCCUUGUGUUUUAGGUUAUUGCCCUGCUGAAAGGUGAAUUCAUCUCCCAGUGUCUGGUGGAAAGCAGACCGAACCAGGUCUUUUUUUUAUUUAUUUUUUUCCUGGGGAAAAUCUCCCCAGUCCUUAACGAUUACAAGCAUAGCCAUAACAUGAUGCAGCCACCACUAUGCUUGAAAAUAUGGAGUGUGGUUCUCCGUAAUGUGUUAUAUUGGGUUUUCCACAAACAUAACACUUUGUAUUCAGGACAAAAAGUUAAUUGCUUUGCCACUUUUUUUGCAGUAGUACUUUAGUGCCUUGAUGCAUGUUAUUCUGGACAGGCUUCCUUUUUUUUACUCUGUCAAUUAGGUUAGUAUUGUGGAGUAACUACGAUGUUGUUGAUCCUUCCUCAGUUUUCUCCCAUCAGACAUUAAACUCGAAUUGUUUUAAAGUCACCAUUGGCCUCAUUGUGAAAUCCCUGAGCAGUUUCAUUCCUCUCUGGCAACUGAGUUAGCAAGGACGCCUGUAUCUUUUGUAGUGAAUGGGUACAUUGAUACAUCAUCCAAAGUGUAAUUAUUAACUUCACCAUGCCCAAAGGAAUAUUCAAUGUCCGCUUUUUAAUUUAUUAUUACCCAUCUACCAAUAGGUGCCCUCCUUUGUGAGGCAUUGGAAAACCUCCCUGGUCUUUGUGGUUGAAAUUCACUGCUUCACUGAGGGACCUUACAUUUAUCUGUAUGUGUGGGGUACAGAGAUGAGGUAGUCAUUCAAAAAUCAUGUUAAACACUAUUAUUGCACACAGAGUGCUUCCAUGCAACUUCUGUGACUUGUUAAGCACAUUUAUACUCCUGAACUUAUUUAGGCUUUCCAUAAUGAAGGGGUAGAAUACCUAUUAACUCAAAACAUUUCAGCUUUUAAUUUUGUAUUAAUUAGUAACAAUUUUGAGAAACAAUUCCACCUUGAAAUUACGGGGUAUUGUGUGUAGGCUUGUGACCAAACAUCUCAAUUUGUUCAAUUUUAAAUUCAGGCUAUAACACAUCAAAUUGUGGAACGUUUAGGGGUGUGAAUACUUUCUGAAAGCACUGUAUGGCAUAUUUAGGCCAUAAUAUUGUGUUCUCAAUAAACAAAAAAAUGUUAAGCCAUCAUUGGGCGUUAUGUAGCAAUUAUUUAUUGAAAUACUGCUAUGUGAAACCUGUCCUAUUUGGCACCAUGGAACUAGUUGGUGGGCAUUUUGGAAAACUGCUGCCUGAGAGUGUAAAGGUUACAUUUGCAACGGCACUAUAGCUUUAUUGGGACAUAUCCUGGCUUUUUGUAGAAGUGUUGUGGUCAUCAUAAAGGGAUUUAGCUAAAAUGGGUUACUUCUGUCCCUGCUGGUUUUACAUAGUGACUUGUACAGGGCAGUAUUCCUGUCGCAUUUCUUAAGUGACAGUAUAUCAUAGUGUAAUCCGUAGACUUCAGGGAACACUUAAAUCAUGUUUCUAGAGUGUAAAAGCUAACUUUGUACACUGCUCAAAAAAAUUAAGGGAACACUUAAACAACACAUCCUAGAUCUGAAUAAAUGAAAUAAUCUUAUUAAAUACGUUUUUCUUUACAUAGUUGAAUGUGCUGACAACAAAAUCACACAAAAAGUAUCAAUGGAAAUCAAAUGUAUCAACCCAUGGAGUUCUGGAUUUGGAGUCACCCUCAAAAUUAAAGUGGAAAACCACACUACAGGCUGAUCCAACUUUGAUGUAAUGUCCUUAAAACAAGUCAAAAUGAGGCUCAGUAGUGUGUGUGGCCUCCACGUGCCUGUAUGACCUCCCUACAACGCCUGGGCAUGCUCUUGAUUAGUGGCGGAUGGUCUCCUGAGGGAUCUCCUCCCAGACCUGGACUAAAGCAUCCGCCAACUCCUGGACAGUCUGUGGUGCAACGUGGCGUUGGUGGAUGGAGCGAGACAUGAUGUUCCAGAUGUGCUCAAUUGGAUUCAGGUCUGGGGAACGGGCGGGCCAGUCCAUAGCAUCAAUGCCUUCCUCUUGCAGGAACUGCUGACACACUCCAGCCACAUGAGGUCUAGCAUUAUCUUGCAUUAGGAGGAACCCAGGGCCAACCGCACCAGCAUAUGGUCUCACAAGGGGUCUGAGGAUCUCAUCUCGGUACCUAAUGGCAGUCAGGCUACAUCUGGCGAGCACAGGGAGGGCUGUGCGGCCCCCCCCAAAGAAAUGCCACCCCACACCAUGACUGAACCACCGCCAAACCGGUCAUGCUGGAGGAUGUUGCAGGCAGCAGAACGUUCUCCACGGCGUCUCCAGACUCUGUCACGUCUGUCACAUGUGCUCAGUGUGAACCUGCUUUCAUCUGUGAAGAGCACAGGGCGCCAGUGGCGAAUUUGCCAAUCUUGGUGUUCUCUGGCAAAUGCCAAACGUCCUGCACGGUGUUGGGCUGUAAGCACAACCCCCACCUGUGGACGUCGGGCCCUCAUACCACCCUCAUGGAGUCUGUUUAUGACCGUUUGAGCAGACACAUGCACAUUUGUAGCCUGCUGGAGGUCAUUUUGCAGGGCUCUGGCAGUGCUCCUCCUGCUCCUCCUUGCACAAAGGCGGAGGUAGCGGUCCUGCUGCUGGGUUGUUGCCUUCCUACGGCAUCCUCCACGUCUCCUGAUGUACUGGCCUGUCUCCUGGUAGCGCCUCCAUGCUCUGGACACUACGCUGACAGACACAGCAAACCUUCUUGCCACAGCUCGCAUUGAUGUGCCAUCCUGGACGAGCUGCACUACCUGAGCCACUUGUGUGGGUUGUAGACUCCGUCUCAUGCUACCACUAGAGUGAAAGCACCGCCAGCAUUCAAAAGGGACCAAAACAUCAGCCAGGAAGCAUAGGAACUGAGAAGGGGUGUCUUGCUAAUUGCCUAUAAUUUCCACCUGUUGUCUCAAUCCAUUUGCACAACAGCAUGUGUAAUGUAUUGUCAAUCAGUGUUGCUUCCUAAGUGGACAGUUUGAUUUCACAGAAGUGUGAUUGACUUGGAGUUACAUUGUGUUGUUUAAGUGUUCCCUUUAUUUUUUGAGCAGUGUAUUUAGUACACCACUUUGAAAGUGAAAAUAUAAAUAUUUUACUGUCAUUUCUGAUGGGUUUUCAAUGUUACGAUCAUAAAGAACAAAACAAAUGCCAUAUGUUUUUGGUUGUGUAUCGAAUGUGUUCCCCAAUCAAUCUUAAACAUGCAGAUGUUGAGGGGAAACUGUAGAAAUUGUUGACAGUUAGACCAUCUACACGAUCACAUGUGGUCCUCUGUAGCUCAGCUGGUAGAGCACGGUGCUUGUAACGCCAAGGUAGUGGGUUCGAUCCCCGGGACCACCCAUACACAAAAAUGCAUGCACGCAUGACUGUAAGUCGCUUUGGAUAAAAGCGUCUGCUAAAUGACGUAUUAUUAUUAUUACAUAGGCCUGUCUGAUUGACGCUAUAGAAAGACAUGGGGGAUCCCAUUUGACAAUGCCCAUGUCUAUUUUAUGUUGAUUGGUUGUAUUUGUCUAGGCAUUCGCCCCCCGAUUCUGAAUGGGCCGAUGCACCCGCGCCCCCUGGUGGCGCUGUUGGAUGGGCGCGACUGCACCGUGGAGAUGCCUGUCCUAAAGGACGUGGCCACGGUGGCCUUCUGUGAUGCCCAGUCCACCCAGGAGAUCCACGAGAAGGUAACCAACUAUCUCUCCCAGCACCAUUACUCUCCUAUACACCAAGUAUCUGUCUGCACUUUUAAGUCGGGGAAAUGGAUGCUUCAUGAACCUGUCUUUUUAUGUGGUGGGGGGCUAUUUCCAACUCAAUAGAGCUUGGGAAAGUAUUUGCUCUUUUAGUGCAAUGGUAGAAUAAGGAUAUGUCUGAACACUCUCCCUGGUGCUUCAGGUGCUGAAUGAGGCAGUGGGUGCCCUGAUGUACCACACCAUCACCCUGUCGCGGGACGACCUGGACAAGUUCAAAGGCCUGCGGAUCAUUGUGCGAAUCGGCAGUGGCUUUGACAACGUGGACAUCAAGGCUGCGGCUGAACUAGGUUGGCUACUGGAACAAUACUUAGCUUCACCACCCCUCCAGCCUACAUACUACACCCAUCCAUCCACCUUUAAUAUGUAUCAUAACUAACCGCUGUCUCCUCUGUGCUCUGUCGUCCUCAGGUAUAGCGGUGUGUAAUGUGCCUGCGACAUCAGUGGAAGAGACGGCGGACACGUCCAUGUGUCUGAUCCUGAACCUGUACCGCCGCGUCACCUGGAUGCACCAGGCUAUGAGAGAGGGCACCAGGGCUUCCAGCGUGGAGCAGAUCAGGGAGGUGGCCAGCGGCGCUGCCCGCAUCCGGGGAGAGACUCUGGGCAUCAUCGGCCUGGGUGAGGAGGGAAUUGAUUAGUGUCUUAGCAAGGGCUCUCUGCAAGUGCAGUCGUCAUAGGACAUAUGUUAAUUGAAGUUAUCCUAAUGUGAUCUGUUUCGAAGUUGCAGUGUCUUUUUAUUAUUGGUGUCCUCACAGAUCCUUUUAAUGUAUAUUUAAAGCAAAUAAUUGUAGUUUUCUGAAGUAGUGAGCGGCUCCUCUCACCGCUACUCCAUCCUCCAGUCUGAGUGUAUCUGUGCUUGUGCCGCAGGGCGAGUGGGCCAGGCUGUAGCGCUGCGGGCCAAGGCCUUUGGCUUCAGUGUGAUCUUCUACGACCCCUACCUGCCAGACGGAGUGGAGCGCUCUCUGGGCCUGCAGCGAAUGGCCACCCUGCAGGACCUGCUCAUCCACUCUGACUGUGUGUCACUGCACUGCAGCCUCAACGAGCACAACCAUCACCUCAUCAACGACUUCACCAUUAAACAGGUAUAAGACACACGCAGACUAGUGUUGCAAGGUAUACCGAAACUUCUGUACUUUUUUUUAGAUUCUCAAACAUGGAAAAACGGUUUGGUACUAGAAUUUGUUACUUUCGGUACUUCUGUCAAAUGUGUCUCAUGGAUCAAGCCUGUCUAACACAGCCCUUAUUAUAGCGCGCACCGUGCCUCCUCCACUUACACCUCGAUCACACCGAUAGUGUCAUUGCGCAAAAUGUCACGCAGCAUCAUCUGGAUAUGUGUGCAACAAAAGUUCAACAUUCACCUUCUGCUACCAUUUCUGUCAAGCCGUCGACGCAUACAGUUUGACGUAUGCACCACACAACGCACUGCCUCUGCAACGCAAUGCUGCAAGGCAAACGCAGCGUUCCAUUGGAAAUGAAUGUACUUCUGGUGUACAAAAAAUGCAAUGUCGGUGUGAUCGAGGCGUUACUCAUUGCUAGCCUGCACUGGGAGUCUGGGCUGCAUCAUGUUAGCUCCCCGCUCAUGCUGCACAGAAGUGAACUCUUGAAUAAUGGGACACAGCAUGUAGCCAUUUUGAAACUGUCAAUACAGGCUAGAACACUUUACAAUAGAAGAUGAUACCGGUAGCUUCCAGCUUUGUAGGCUAUCUUUCCUUGCUAGCUUACAGCUGAAGCUAUCAUCAAUUCAUUACCCUAGUACUUUGCGUUAUGGUUUGCAUAUUAUCACAAACAAAAUAUGCUGAUUUCUUAGCUGAUUGCCAUGAAAAACGUAUUGGGUCUCUCACGUUUCUCCCAAAGAUUAUCAGCGAACUGACUGAAAUGACUGCCUCGUGAAUGACGUCAUUACUGGUUAAAGAGACGGCGCACAUCUUUAUAAAAUAAGCUACUUCUAUGCGAAUGUUGUUGAUCAGUACAAUAAAAUAAGUCCCAAAUGGAAGGGAAACAGAUUGUCAUCUAGCCCCAUGAAAUCAGGCAAAACAAGCUCAAUAACUCAAUGCAUGCAUUCAUAGCUAGGCCUAGGCUGCAUCUUGAUUUACCCAGUUUAUCGAUAGAUACCAUUCAAAUAAAUGCUAACCAUUAUGUAGUUAGAUUAGUAAAAACAAAGUCAAAAUGACUAAUUGAUUUUAUUAAUGCAUACUUGGCUGUCUCUGAAAAAUGUAUUUAAGAAAUUCAAAAUGUCAUGAUAUUCAACUCAAAAGAUGCCUAACGAUUGCCGUGGUAUCGUUCUGGUAUCGCGUAUCGUGAUGGUAUCAAGUAUUGUGAUACUAAACCUGGUAUCGAAGUCAAAAUUCUGGUAUCGUGACAACCCCAACACACACGUAAACACCAUUCCUGCCACCCACAACACCCUCAUUAUCAAUGCGUUUAGGUUAUUUUUGUCUGCAUGGCUUGCUGACUGUGAUCUGUCGUAUGUGCAGAUGCGUCAGGGAGCAUUUUUGGUUAACACGGCGCGAGGGGGCCUGAUGGAUGAGAGGGCCCUGGCCCAGGCACUGAAAGAGGGCAGGAUACGGGGUGCUGCCUUGGACGUACACGAGACAGAGCCCUUCAGGUCAGCUUCCUCCCAGCCCACAGGCACUUAAAGCCUCCUCAUCCUGCUUAUCCCAGUCAUUUAAAACGUGCAAACAGUAACUGGUUUGAAGGUUGUGCUUCACCAUUUUAAAAAGUCUCUCUAUCAACACCCCCUUGCACACACUCUUUAAUCUGUCUCACUGGUCUGUUGAUCUAUCCAUCUCCAGCUUCUCUCAGGGCCCAUUGAAGGACGCCCCCAAUCUGAUUUGCACUCCUCACGCAUCCUGGUACAGCGAGCAGGCGUCACUCGAGGCGCGGGAGGAGGCAGCUAGAGAAGUGCGCCGGGCCAUCACAGGUAUUCAGUUAUGCAAGCCUCCGUGUAUAACAGAGUAUUUAUAGGCGUUAGGCACAUACACUAGGGAACAAUGAUACAUUUCCAUUUCUGCGCAGAGUGAACAACAGUCUGUCCACUUGAGACUUGGCACGGUAGCCCUAACCACUAAGUGAUAUAGUUUAUGUAUUACAGCCCAGCUGUUUUUGUAGUCCAGCCCAAAGAACCUUAUCAAGAGUUGUCAUUAAGUAGCCUUUGAUCAGUUAGCUUGACUGUUGUGGUGGUUUAUUCCGACAGGCCGUAUCCCUGACAGUCUGAAGAACUGUGUGAACAAGGAGUAUCUGAUGGCAACGCCCCAGUGGCCUGGCAUGGACCCUGGGGCUGUGCACUCAGAACUCAACGGAGUUACUGAUUACAGGUACGACCAGACUUUGUUUGAGACUGUUAAGAGGGACAGUAAGCACCUGUAGGUAAUAAAUGAGUGACAGUAAAGAGAACUCCAGGUAUCGAUGACAUCUGGCUUGUGUUCUAUGACCCUAGAAAGAUAAUUCCAUAUCAUUUCUAAUUCUUCUGACUCAACCCCUCAUUUGUCAACAGGUUCCCUACUGGUCUAGUGGGAGUGGGAGUGGCAGCAGGAGGCCUGACAGGGGCAGGCACUGCAGUGGAGGGAAUUGUUGCAGGGAACCUGGCUAUGGCACAUGGGAUUGCCCCCGUGUCCCGACCUCCCCACACACCGUCGCCGGGGCAACCCUCUAAAGCAGAAACAGACAGAGACAUGCCAACGGACCAAUAGCCCCGCCCCUCACCCCCAACUGUCCCCAAUCGCCCUCUCGUCCGCAAUCGCCCUCUCGUCCACAACAUUCCGUCGUCACCCUUCAUGUUCAUGCAAGCAGAUAGACACUAGUAUUGAGGUCCAUUCUGACCCGGCUUUGGUCCCAUCCAACAAAACGGAAUCCUUCAGGAGGGACCAGUCUGCAAAGACUCCCUACCCUCAUCCUAUUUUCUCUCAUCCAGAAAGCAAUAAGUGGAUUACUCAAGGAUUUUUUCCCAGUUUGCUUUUAAACCCCUCUGUGUCUGACUUUCCUGUGGCUCAGUGUUUUUGUAAAUUACUCCUUUAUGGAGGGAAACCUGUUAAUGUUUUUUCCUGUGUUUUUUGUUGUAUCAAUUGCUGUUUGACAUGCUAUAAAGUGAGGCAUACGUCUGGAACGGUAUUGAAGAUGAAUUAUGUUUUUUCCACUACUAUUUGUUCACAAACCUUACAAAGGAUUUUAUAAUAUUGGGCUUAAUACAUUUCUAGUUAUCACAAUAAAAGUGGCUGACUUUUUAUGAGCUUUUUGACAUGAAUUGAAUAAUAUCGCAAGAUAUGCCUCUGCUGAUAAGUGAAAUGCAUACAAUGUUUGUCAAGACACCCACCUACACUUAUUUUCUCUGUUGCUCUUAACCUCUUUUCAUGAUUAAAUAUAUAGAUCUUCUUUGUAGUUGCCAAGACUAGAGGGGCGGCGGUCUUCUUACCUUUCUGUUACCUUUUAUAUGUUACCUUUGGAUAUGAAUAGAACAUGAAAACAAUAUCUUUGCCAAGUACUCAAAUGAUCUAUCCUGCUUCAGCACUCCAGUAUCGCCAUUGUCCCACCAAAAGUGUCCGCUGUCAUUGACGCUGGAAUUUUAGGGGUUAAUCUUGUGUACAUACUGCAGGCAUUGAAACUUAUUUUACCCAUAUGGAUUCCACAGUGGCUGUCAAUCUCAAAUCGAAUAAUCAGGCUUCAAGAUAUCCAAUUUGUUUACUGACUAUCAAGGCAAGUAUAAGAACGGAUGAAGUGGAAAAUAUAGUAUAAUUGGGUGUGUACUUAGCAUUGCAGUCUGAUGUGGGUAAUGAAGUCCCUUAUUGUAUAAGGUCAGCGAUUCCGAUAUGCUAGUGGCAAAGCCAUAACACCCCAACAGUAGUCUGGGUACUAGUCUGUUUAGCUAUCAUUACACUCCUUGUUAUGCUAAACCGAAUCAUCUUUGGCAUAUGUCACGGAGUGGAA